AUGGCUACCUUCAAAGCAUCCAAGAUCUUGGUGUUCGGCGCGACUGGCCAGAUUGGUGUUUUCAUCACAGCGGCAUUGCUAGAUGCCAGCCCCUCUUUUGACCAAAUCACCAUCUUCACAUCGCCGACCACAGUGGAGAGGAAAGCAGACUUGCUCGAUGGCUGGAAGAAGAAGGGACUGAAGAUCAUCGCCGGCGAUGUCGACGACACGGAGCAAAUCAAGGCGGCUUACAAGGAUGCCGAUACCGUUAUAUCUGCGCUGGGUAGAAAUGUGAUUGAGAAGCAAAUCGAUCUCAUUAAAUUGGCCGAGGAGACCGACUCUGUCAAAUGGUUCUUCCCCUCCGAGUACGGAACAGAUAUCGAAUACGGUCCCAAGAGCCCCAAUGAGAAGCCUCACCAGGCCAAGCUCAAGGUGCGCAAGUACAUCCGCGAGAGUGUUCAGAGACUCAAGUACACGUACCUGGUAACGGGCCCUUACGUCGACAUGUUCUUGACUUUGCCGUCGAUUGCGCAAGAGGCUGGCGGGUUUGACACAGCUGCCCGUAAGGCAGUCCUGAUUGAAGACGGCGAAGGGAAGACUGGUCUUAUCACCAUGAAAGACGUUGGUACAACAUUGGUGGCAUCGCUUCGUCACCCCGAGGCAUCCUUCAACCGAGCUCUCAAAGUUCAGUCCUUCGUGGCGACCGGCAAGGAAAUUGUGGCCGAGUACGAGAAGCAGACUGGAGAGAAGUGGGAAAUCGUCUAUUCGUCGCUGGAGACCUUGAAGAAAGCUGAGGAGAAGGCGUGGGCUGAGGGCAUCCCUUACGCCACCAUCUUUACCUUGCGACGCAUCUGGGCUGAGGGCGGCACUUUGUACGACAAGACUGACAAUGAGAGGAUCGGGCUUGGACCAAACGACGUUGAGAGCUUAGAGAUCGCUGUCAAGAGAUCACUGGGUAAGAUUCAAUAA